CAAGCGUAGUGGUUUACGCAGCCGGUUUCUGAGGCCCCCGGUUUCGCGGCUGUUGAUGACAGAGAAAUAUGAGCUUAAAGGCAAAGCAACACCUACGAAGUGAAAAUGCUAUGCGAUGUAUGCUAAAGGCACUGACCCAACAUUAAAUACCAGCUGUCGUUGGUACGCCUGAUGCUGAUGCUCUCGUUUUCCACGCCAGCCCCUGCCGUACGACAUAACCGCUCUGCUGUGCUCGCCAUGCAGCAUGCGCCAGUGCACACGCUCGUUGCAACCACGAAUCUGCAAUAUCAAACGCAUUCCUUCUUCUGUUGAGAAGUCUGUGAUCCAGACUUUCUACUCUUGAAACAUGGCGCUUGCGCUCCACCGAUCUUCACAGGCGUCUUGCAGCAUGUCGACAGCGGCUUCCCGUGGUGCCUGGACAGUUUGUCGAUCACGCUUAAGUGUAGCCUGCAAGGCUUCACUGCAGCCUCAUUCCGAACAGCAGCAGCCCCUGCGCGGGCGGGCGGCUGCUGCUGCCGCCGGUCUACUGGCGGUCACCUCUGCGGCUGCUCUGGCACUUACCGCUGCUCCGUUUGCCGCGUUGGCGGUGUCGGGCGGGGGCGGCGUGUCGGAGUCCCUAGCGGGCAAGGACCUCUCGGGUCAAGACCUGCGUAAGUUGAAGCUCACCAAGGCCAACCUCCGGCAGACCAACCUGAGCAACACCAAUCUGGAGGGCGUGUCGCUGUUCGGAAGUCUGAGUGAGGGCACUGUGUUUCGGGGCGCCAACCUGCGCAAUGCGGACCUGGAGGGCGGGAACUACGAGCUGGCUGACUUCACGGAUGCGGUGCUGGAGGGCGCGUUCGUGAACGGCGCGCGAUUCGAAAAGGUGACCAUUACCGGCUCUGACUGGACGGAUGUGGUGCUGCGGAAGGACGUUCAAAAGGAGCUCUGCGCCAUUGCAGACGGGGUAAACCCCACCACCGGCGUCAGCACUCGAGACAGCCUGUUCUGCCCUUGAGAGGGCAGGGAGAAGCAACAGCGGCCUGGAGGAGGGGUUCGAGGGGGGGAGCAGAGAGAAGCGGAGAGUGGCGGGCCUGCUGGUGGUGACGGGGUGUACCUGAGGGGGGAGAGGGCAGCAUACCCGGGGGUAUAUAUGGUAUGUCAGUGCGGUGUGGUGUUGCGUUGAUGAGAGGCAGGGAGAGCCAUACAUAAGUGUUCCUGUUGUUCUCAACCGUUGGGAAUGGCUGGCUGGUGGGCGCAGUUGGCCGGUUAGAGGAAAGAUGAACAAGAAUGAAGAGCGCUGGGGUGCAGGAUCUCAGCCGGUAACGCAAUUUUGCGCAUUCGUUGAACAAUGGACCUGUGUCCAGCGACGGCUGCAGUGACAGUUGGAACACCCUUAGGUGAGGCCUGUUCGGUGAGCCCUGUUUCAGAAGCCUGCCUGUCAGGAGAGUACCGUUAUAAUCUUAUAAAGAAGCAGUAGGGAGAGAGCAGUUGGGAGAGAGCUGUUGGCAUCUUGGGAGGCAUCCCGCGUAUGACGAGAUCUAGAUGGGGUUGUGUGACCGAGCGGUGGUGCCCCGUUCCGAGCCUUCUCGGCCUCGUUGCUUGAAUAAGGAUAUGUGGCACAU